AUAUUAUGCUGCUUGUGAUACAUAGAUAAAAUGAAAAUGAUAAAUCCGAUCUGUCUCACAAGAAUAAAAAAGGAAAAUGUCAAAAGAUGUUGACUUAUUUUCUUCGCGUUAACAAAAUAUCCGCGAAGUCCAGCUCCUUAACUCAAGUUGGAAGUUGGAACCCUAUUACCCUACCACAAAUCCCCAAUCUGCGUAGAUUUCUUUGGUCAUAUCAUCACCCAGAAAAGCAGAGGAGAAUAUCUUCUGGACAGAAAGAAUCAGAUAACAUGAGCGAAGCCCUAAACAGGGAGGCGUUCCGGCAGGCCGUGGUGAACACACUCGAGAGGCGACUCUUUUAUAUCCCUUCUUUCAAGAUCUACCGUGGCGUCGCCGGUCUUUACGAUUAUGGCCCACCUGGUUGUGCCGUCAAGUCAAAUGUCCUCGCUUAUUGGCGUCAGCAUUUUGUGUUGGAGGAGAAUAUGUUGGAAGUGGAUUGCCCAUGUGUGACGCCAGAGGUAGUGCUGAAGGCUUCCGGUCAUGUGGAUAAGUUCACUGAUCUUAUGGUGAAAGAUGAGAAGACUGGGAAUUGCUUCAGAGCUGAUCAUUUGCUCAAGGAUUUUUGCAAAGACAAGCUUGAGAGAGAGCCUAAUCUUGAUCCGAAAAAACAAGCUGAGUUGAGGCAUGUUCUUGCUGUGUUGGAUGACCUUUCUGCUGAAGAGCUUGGUGCAAAACUCAAGGAGUAUGCAAUUACUGCUCCCGACACCAAGAAUCCUCUUUCUGAUCCCUACCCUUUCAAUCUAAUGUUCCAGACCUCCAUUGGUCCAUCUGGUACACUUCCGGGUUAUAUGCGCCCUGAGACUGCUCAAGGUAUAUUUGUGAACUUCAAAGAUUUAUACUAUUACAAUGGGAGCAAGCUACCUUUUGCCGCUGCACAAAUAGGGCAAGCUUUCAGGAAUGAGAUUUCUCCGCGCCAAGGGCUUCUAAGAGUUCGCGAAUUUACAUUGGCUGAAAUAGAGCAUUUUGUGGAUCCUGAGGACAAGUCUCAUCCAAAAUUUACUGAAGUCGCAAAUUUGGAGUUUUUAAUGUUCCCCAGGGAAGACCAGGUGUCGGGAGAAUCAGCCAGGAAAAUACCCAUUGGCCAAGCUGUCGCUCAGGGCAUUGUUAACAAUGAAACGCUUGGGUAUUUUAUUGGGAGAGUGUAUCUCUUCUUGACAAACCUUGGUAUUGAUAGAGAUCGGUUAAGGUUCCGCCAACAUCUGGCAAAUGAAAUGGCGCACUAUGCUGCUGAUUGUUGGGAUGCAGAGAUUGAAUGCUCUUUUGGGUGGAUAGAAUGUGUUGGCAUUGCUGAUAGAUCAGCCUAUGACUUGCGUGCUCAUACGGAUAAAAGUGGUGUGGCCCUUGUUGCACACGAAAAGCUUCCAGAACCUAUAGAAGUGGAGAAACUUGUGAUAGCUCCAGUGAAGAAAGAACUUGGUCUUGCUUUCAAGGGUAACCAAAGGAUGAUUGUUGAAGCUCUAGAGUCCAUGGAUGAAAAAGAAGCUCUGGAGCUAAAAGCGACCUUGGAGUCCAAGGGAGAAGCAGAGUUUAAGGUUUGCACUCUUGAUAAGGUGGUUACGAUCAAGAGUAACAUGGUUACAAUCUCCAAAGAGACAAAGAAAGAACACCAGAAGGUUUUCACACCGUCGGUGAUUGAACCUUCCUUUGGCAUUGGAAGGAUUAUAUAUUGUCUUUAUGAGCAUUCUUUCUAUACUAGACCUAGCAGAGAUGGCGAUGAACAACUGAAUGUCUUCCGCUUUCCCCCACUGGUUGCGCCAAUAAAGUGCACUGUGUUUCCGUUGGUUCAGAACCAACAGUAUGAAGAUGUUGCAAAACAGAUUGCUAGAUCACUUACUGCUGCUGGGAUCUCACAUAAGAUUGAUAUUACAGGCACAUCAAUAGGCAAGCGGUAUGCAAGGACCGAUGAACUUGGUGUUCCUUUUGCUAUUACAGUUGAUUCAACAACAUCAGUGACAGUGAGGGAGAGGGAUAGCAAGCAACAGAUUCGUGUUAAUGUGGAUGAAGUCGCGACAGUAAUUAAAGAAGUUACGGAGGGCCUCAGCACCUGGGGUGAUGUAUUGUGGAAGUAUCCCACUCAUACAGCCUGAUCUGCAAUGUGUGGUUACAGAGUUCCCUUAUACAGAGUAUUAAAGUUCAGCCAGACAUUGAAGAUCUCCUCAUUAGACACCUUUCCGAUGUAUAAUUUUUGUAACCUUGUUUUUUGGACAUCUUUGCUUGUAAGCUAUUUUGUAAUUGUCAAGUUGACUGAUUGGGCUGUUGUAAGUUUUACUUAGUUUAACAAUAUAAGCUCAACUUACAAAUUCAAGCACGCCUAAAUGUGCUGCAGUAAAGCACUCUCAUGAGCCGCCUAAGAACACAUGGAGCAAAGGAUGAAAUUUGGAUCAUAGCCUAUUACUAUAUUAUGCUUUUGAAUUUGGGGAACUAAUUUGAUUGCUAAAUAUUGGAAAGCAUAUAUUGUUACUCUCAACUCUCGAGCGGAUCCUUUGCAGUUUGCACAACAGCAUCGUUUGUUAGCUAUUAGAACAAAGUAAAGCUCC